AUGUCGUCGCCGUCCAAAGUCCCAGACCGCUACAUGAUCCACGUUACUCUGUACUUUGCCCCCGAACACGUGCCCGUCGCCCUGGAAGCGUGCAGAAGCCUCUUCGAGGAGGCGUGGCAGGACCCCCGGCUGGAUUUCUGUCAGAUUGUUCAAGACGCCGACGAACCUGGCACGAUUCGCAUUCAGGAAGCGUGGAAUGGGUCGAGGAAGUAUCUGGAAGAGGUAUGUACCGAGUGCCGAGUGCUCGCUUUUCAUUAA